AUGUCAUCAGUAGACCGUUUACGUCCACCAAUCGUCAAACAUUCUAGCUUUUCCUCGGGAUUGACAAAUUCCGCAGGUGGCGAGGUGACACGAACGCUGCGCCGUCUUUCCUCACUUCCAGCCGAUUUCUGCUGCUCAAUUUGCAUGAAUAUUUUUAGAAAGCCUUCAAUGCUUUCUUGUGGCCAUUCAUUUUGUGCAGAAUGCAUACAGCACUGGUUGAGCGAGAACAUAUCUUGUCCAACCUGUCGUACUGACACCCAGGUACCAAUAAGAAAUAUUGCGCUUGAACAGGUUGUUGAAGAGUUUCGGUUGAGCCAGGAAUCUCGUGUGAGGUUUUCGAAACAGACGAAUGGAUUUGAGCCGAAGUGGUUCCAGCGUUGGUUUGAUUGCUGA